AAAAAAUACUAUUAAAAUUUGUUUACCAGACGAAGCUGUCACUGUAUCCUGCUUCACCAUUUUUAACUACGUCAUAUGAAGGAGAAGGUUCCAUUAUACCUGUAUAUCCAGAUAAUUUAAUACUUUCAACCGCCAAAAUUCCAAUAAUGGUUGGCUUUUGUGAACAUGAAGCAGCUAUGGUAUUCGUCAGUAAGUUUUUUUUUUUACGCAGAAAUAGGAAUUUACCCAACAUUUUCGAAAGGCACUGGCGAUUAGAUUCCAAAUCAUGGAUACUUUUGUGUUUCAUAGAAAUAUUCAAAAAAAGACUCGAAACCCAAUUUUAUUCAACUUUGACUCAAAAUGUUUGGGCAUGGGGAAGUGAGUUGACCGAAGGAGAUCUGCAACUAAUCAAGCAGAAAGCAGAACAGUUCUAUUUGAAUGGAGAAUCUACCGAAACGGCGAACUUGUCUGCAAGAUGUGAGAUUCAAACUGAUAUUUCAUUAUCAGAUCUGUAUGAAUCCUUAAUCAAUGUGGUUGCUGAAGACCUUCCUUCUUCAGUAUUUGUCUAUAGAUUCAACUACGAGGGUAGUAUUCCUACAAUGAAAGAAAGAAUAAUGGGACAAUUAGAUGCACCGUUGAAAGGAACUUGCCAUGGUGACGAUUACAGCUAUUGGGCGAUGGUAAAAGAUUACUGGGGUAAAAUGGACUACAGCUUGCAACCAAAAAGUCGCGAGAUGGUUGAAAAAUUCACCAAAUUGAUCACAACUUUCGUAAAAACCGGGGAUCCUAAUUACGAAGGUCUGGAAGUUCAGUGGAAACCUUCGAGCGUAGAUAAUCCGUGUUAUUUGAGUAUCGAUGAUCCAUUAACGGUAGUCGAAGGUAAACUGAAUGGAAAACGAAUGGAAUUUUGGGAAGAUAUCAAGAAACAAUUCAGCAAACGUUAAAUGCACUGAAAAUUAGGCUACAUUAAAACCACCUAUUUCAUUGUUAUUGUAAACAAUGUACUUGAAGUCUGUGCUG